AUGAGUGACGACCGUGCAGAUGCCAAGAAAGAGGAUAUGGAAUCGAAAGGCGCGAACGGCGACCGUGGUGGUAGUCCCGCUAACGAGAACGGCGCUGAACGUGAACAACGCGAUGACGUUUGCCGCGAUUUCCUUAAGAACAUAUGCAACCGCGGCUCACGCUGCAAAUUCUACCAUCCCGCAGACAGCAAGCAACGCACUGAAGAUAUGAUCAAUUUCUGCAUUGACUUCCAGAAUCGCGGCUGUAUGCGCGACAACUGCCGCUUUGUGCAUGCGUCGCGCGAGGAAGUGGAGCGGUACAAGCACACGCGCGAAGUGACGUUGCCACUGGCGCGUGCGAUUGCAGCGGUUACGCAAGGUGACACUAUCGCGGGAAUUCCGGUCUGCAAGGAGUUUCAGUCUGGCAAGUGCGCUCGCGGCGCGCAGCGCUGUCGCUAUUGGCACGUGAACGUAGAAGAGGAGCGCGAACGACGUCUGCGUGGUCUUCCUCCAUCAGGUGGGCCUCUCGGAAGAUUUGGUGGUCCAUCUGGAGGCCGUUACGGUGGUCCUCCAGGUGGUUCAUUGUAUGGCUUAGCACCUUUGGGUAUGCGGCGAGCUGGCCCGCCUCUGGAUGGUCCAUACGAGAAGAGAUCCCGCAUGGAAGAAAGCCGUGUCACUGAGCUUGAGCGUAAGAAUGCAGAACUUUCGAAGGAAGUGGAGACACUGAAGAGAGAGUUGCAACGCGAGCAUGAGCGUUAUGAAGAUCUUUAUGCGUUAUUUCGCCAGCAGAGUGGAGGCGCAGGUGCGGCUCCCUCGAAAUCCGCUGCGCAAGGUGGCUAUGGCGGAGUAGGUGGCUAUGGCAACUGGAACACAGGCGGCGGUUGGCAGUAG